AUGUCAACUUUUGAGAAGGCAAAUAAUGCUGAGAGUGACGAAGAAUUAUUAGAAGAUAUUAGAGCGGAAGAUGAGAAUGAGGAAAAAAAUCAAGAGGAAGUUUCAGAAGAUGUCAUAAUUGAAUUAGAAGGGAAAAUGAAAAAUCAAAUUGUUAAAGACGAGAAAGAGGCUUAUAUUUUAUAUUGUGAAUAUGCACAUUCCAAAGGUUUUAGUGUACGGAAGGAUAAGCAAUAUUAUUUUCAAGGUAGCGAAGUGGUUAGAGAAAAACGUUUCGUAUGCUAUAGGCAUGGGGAAAAAGAUGAAAGGCUAAGAAAAUCCAGUAAGGUGUCUUGCAAUCAUAUUGACACGCGAUCAAAAUGUCCUGCAAUGAUAAUCUUUAAGCGUCGAAUUCCUAGUAGUCCUUUCACGGUGGAUAGAUUUAUUAAAGAGCAUAACCAUGAGAUGGCUUCACCGAAAAAGAGACAUUUGCUAAAAUCAGCUCGUUCUAUAACUAAAGCCAAAAAGCUAGUUAUUGAAAAUAUGGUUAAUGCUGGUAUAAAGCCAACUGCAACCUAUUCUUACCUGGCAGAAGAAGCUGGAGGGGCUGAUGUUUUAGGCUAUUCAAAGAAAGAUUGUUUUAAUUUUAUAAACCAGUUGAUGAAAUCUAAGGUGGAAGUUGGGGAUGCUCAAAGUGUUGUUAAUGAAUUUAAUAAUAGACAAGCGAGUGAAAGUCUCUUUUAUUGGGAUGUUCAACUUGAUUCUGAAGGGCGUAUGGCUAACUUUUUCUGGAGAGAUGGUCGAUCUAGAAUUAACUAUGAGAUUUUUGGUGAUGUCGUUUCUUUUGAUACCAUAUAUCGGACAAACAAGUAUCGUAUGAUUUGUGCACCAUUUAUUGGAAUAAAUCAUCACUGGCAGAAUAUAAUUUUUGGUUGUGCUUUUUUAUCUGAUGAGUCGGCAGAAUCUUUCAAAUGGUUAUUCUCUACAUUUUUAAAGUCAAUGGGAGGCAUUGCCCCGCAAACUAUUAUAACUGAUCAAGCUCAAGGAAUGGCAAUUGCUAUUAGAGAAGUGAUGUCUGGAACUAGACAUAGACUGUGUCAAUGGCACAUAUCCCAGAAUGCCCCAUCUCAUUUGGGCUCACUUAAUAAUGAUAAAGGUUUUUCUAAACUUUUCAACAAGUGUAUGUCAGAAUGUGAUUCUAUUACUGAGUUUGAAGAAACCUGGGAGAUGAUGCUUACAAUGUAUAAUAUAGAAGAACAUAAAUGGUUGAAGAAUCUUUACAAUAUUCGACACAUGUGGUCCACAACUUUUAAUAAUGAUGUCUUUAGUGCUGGAUUGAAAGCCUCAUCUCGAAGUGAAAGUACUAAUCAUGUAUUAAACGGGCUUGGUGACUUGAGCACUUAUUUGCACAUAUUUGUCACUAACUAUGAGAAAAAUGCAGUAAAUAAGUGGCGGCUGAGUGAAGAACAUGAAGACUUCAACUGUAAACAAGCUAGACCUACUCUUGCUGUAAAAGGUAGUCCAAUUUUAGCUCAGGUUUCUAUCGUCUACACUCACAAGAUUUAUAACAUGUUUGAGAAAGAGUUUCUCAAAGGAGCUGGGGCUUGUUAUAUUGAGGCACAAGUAUAUUGUGAUGGUCAAGUGUCCAAAUAUGAAGUAAGAAUGCAUAAUUCAACCAAGAAUUGGUUUGUGGAGUUGGAUUCCACAACUUUACAUGUGACAUGCACUUGCAAGAAGUUUGAAUCUGUGGGUAUUUUAUGUGCACAUUGUCUACUAGUUUUCACUUCUAAUAAGGUUAGAGAAAUCCCGGCGAAAUAUAUUUUGAAGAGAUGGACCAAAGAUGUGAGGAAAAGAAUAAAAGAUUUGCCAAGCAAGAGCUGUUCUAGCAAUGGAAAUUCGGAAUCAUCUGAGAUUGUUUACACUAAUAGUGUGAUGAAGACUUGUUACAAUCUUGUUUAUCUUAGCAAAUCUAAUACAGAGUGUCGAGAAAUUUUUCAAAGACAUCUCGAAAAUGCUUCAGAUGAAUUGGAUGACUAUCUAGGAAAAUUGGACAACACUACUGUUCAUUUUUCAGCAAAAAAUGGUAAGAAAAAUAUAGAAGACAAGGUAUUGGAUCCUCUGUAUGUAAGAGCACCAGGCGUUCGCAAAGAGCGUAUUCAAAAUCAUUGGGAGAAAUCCAAAAAGAAAAAAACUACUCAACCGACUCAUGCGAGAACUAUGAAAUCUCAAAAAGUUGAUGCACCGCCAAUAAAAGGUUUGUUUGAGAACAAUGUAUACACUCCUCGUCAAGCAACAUCGCCUAUAUCAGAAGUCAAUUUACAAGAUACUACUUUUGACUUGGAUUUGGAUGACUCAAAUGUCUCAUUUUUAACCUUGUUACAAGGUGUUGAGAAUACUACACAGCAAUCAUCUGCAAGUACAUGGAAAUCAGGACGAAACUACAAUUGA